AUGAGAUCUCUUGCAUCCGUCGCCCCGCCAGUCCACCAUCGUCAAGUGGUAGGUCGAGGAAUCUCGUUGGUGUUGCAGUCGAGUCACUCUCGUAAAGUUAUGUGCAAAGAGACGGUCAGUUGCAACAGAGCUGUGGUCGUCGCAGCAUUUUCGCUUCCAGUUCUGAUUUGCUUUCCAUCGCCAAGUAGCCAUUCAUGGCAAAUCAUCGUCUGUUGUUGUGAGGAGAGCCGAGGUUCAUUCCGGCCUCAAACCUCCGUCCAGUCAUCUUUCCGGCCGCCAUCGUAG